ACUAUCGUAAUAGGAACUUGUCCAUUGUAAAAAUUAGAUGCCGUCGAUUUGUUUACAAAUGUGUCUUCGUAUUUUAUAGCAGCCAAUCCAAAUGGUUGACAAUGGUUUGACAAGAUAAAAGCACCGGCAAACAGAAAAAUAUAUUUAUAAAAAGUUUUGUAUACCAUCGGUAAAAUACAGCCAUUCCCAUAGAUGCGCACUUGGAUGCGCUUUCAGUAUUAUUUUGCGCUAUUUUUUGUAAACAAUGCCGAGGACCAAAAAGAUUUAUUGGAGUCCUGAUGCCAUCAAAAUGCUUAUGAAGCUAUACAAGGAGCAGCCACACCUGUAUGACGCGAAACACGAACAGUACUUCAACAAGGAUUGCCGCGCCGAGUCGUUUCAGCAGAUUGUCCUGGAAAUGAGGAAAAUAUACGAUUGUAUACUGACUACAGAUGUCAAAACUAAAAUUUGCACACUGAGGAGCCAGUACUUAAGUUAUUUGAAAAAGGAGAAGAACUACAUAAAAAAUGGAAUGGAAAAGCCAAAUUGGGUGCAGUGUUUGGAGUUCCUUAGGCCGUUUUUGAAGCCGCCCGAAAUGAAGGAAUCUGUGGAUUUGGAUAUAAAACCAGAAGCUGACUCUGAUGUCCCAAACUGUUUGAGCAAUGAUGAAAGUGAAGCUGGUUCUUCUUUCGACCCACUCUGGACAUCGCCAAACGAUAAGCUGGACAUGACUAGGCCCAAGAAGAUUAUUUGGAGCCCAGAGGCCAUCAAAAUGCUAAUUGAGCUGUACGAGAAGCGCCCAAACUUGUAUGACCCCAAGCAUGCUCAGUACCGCAACAAACAAUUCCGGGCCAAAGCAUUGCGGCAGAUCGUGAAGGGAAUGAGAAAAAUAUACGACAACAUAGACACGACAGACAUCAAAAAUAAGAUUGGAACAUUGAGGAGCCAAUAUCUGGUCCAUUUGAAGAAUGAGGCAAACUACCAUAAAAGUGGCUUGGAAACGCACGAGAGGAUGGCGCCGUUCUGUGUGAAAUACAUUGAGUUUCUCAAGCCACAUCUCAGGUUUUCUGAAAGUCAGAGAGCUUCAGAGUCUGAUUCAAAUCACACUGAGAUAAAACCAGAAGCUGACAUUGAGCCAGCAAGCUGUUUAGAGAUACACGAGACUGAGAUAAAACCAGAAACUGUCUGCCAAGUGGAGGAGGAGCUGCCCAACUCUUUAAGGGAUGAUGAGAAUGAAAGUGAUUCUUCGUUGGAGUCAAACGAUACGCUAAACACCAAAAAGCCCAAGAAGAUACGUUGGCACCCCGAGGCCAUCAGAGUGCUCAUUACGCUAUACGAGAAUCGCCCCAACUUGUAUGAUCCCCAGCACACUGACUACCGAUCCAAACAGGCUCGGGCCAAGUCUUUGCAGCAGAUUGUCAAAGAGUUAAGAAAAAUAUACGACACCAUAGACACGGAAGACAUCAGAAAUAAAUUCAGUACUUUAAGGAGCCAAUACUUGUCCCACUUAAAGAUGGAGGCGAACUACUCGAAUACACGCGAUAAAAUAGUGCCCUUCUGGGUUCAAUACAUACGGUUCCUCAAGCCCUUUCUUAAAUGUUCCAACGAGCAGACUGAUGAGAUAAAAUCAGAGACUUCGGACUUCGGUUGUUCAAGCUUUUUGAACGAUUAUGAAAGCGACACUAAUUCCUCUUACAAUCCAUUGCUGAGCUGCUCCCCCCACAAUGUGCUCGACAUCAUACAGGCCAAGGACAUUCGCUGGGGACCCGAAGGCAUCCGAAGGCUGAUCAAGUUGUACGAGCAAUGCCCAAAUCUAUAUGAUCCAAAUAACAAUCAGUAUCGAAAUAAAGUCUUGCGGGCCAAUUCUUUUCAGCAGAUUGUUAAGGAAAUGAGAAAAAUAUACGACCGCAUAGACAUAGCAGACAUUAACAGCAAAAUUGUCGCAUUGCGGAGCCAAUAUCUUUGUUAUUUGAAGCAGAAGGAGAUCAUGCCCAAUAAUUCGACACCUUUCUGGGUGCCAUACAUGACGUUCCUCAAGCCAUUUCUUAAGUUAACUCUAGACAGCGACUUGAAUCAUCAGACGCAAGCUGAAACUGACACAGAGGUGCCAUGUUAUUUAAGCGAUUCACAGAGUGCGUCCAUGCCCUCGAUCGAUCCGCUGUUGGACUCCUUGGACGAUGGUCCAACGAGCAACAAACGCAAAUUCAAAGCAGACGUGGAGGCAUUUGGAGAGCUAAUAAAAGCCGAAAUGGAACAAAUUGAAAAUCCCAGCAAACGCCGCGCUCUACGCAUGAAGCUAAUGAAAAUCAUAGCAGCUGAAGGCGAGGAUUAAGUGAAGUCAAAUCUCUGCUGCUGCUGUACUCGCCCGCCCUUUAACGUUCAACAUACAUGUUCAAAUGUAUUAUUUAAUUAUGGAAAUUUUUAGUCACAUUUAAUGUUUUAUUUAAUAGAUAAAAAGUCAAUUAUUUAGA